AUGGAACCAACAAUGAAUGUAACAAGGGAUACUCGUCGUACUGCUAAGGGACACGUUUAUAGCAUGGGUGCUGAAGCUGGAAAUAAAUCUAGCAAUUUGAUCCAACGAGACAAUGAGAUUUCAAGUAACACUCUAACUGCACUUUUUGAUUCGAGGGCAAACCAUUCCUUCAUUGUUAUGGAUUGUGUGAACCGUUUGAAGUUAUAUGCGUCUUCUCUGCCUUUUGAUUUGGUUGUUUCCAUAUCUACUAAGACUUUGACCGUAAAUAUUGCAUGUUUACAUUGUCAACCAGGAGUCAUUAAGUAUCUAGCUGCUAACAAACUCAGAGUGUCACUGAAAGAAGGAACUCAAGAGUUUCUUUCAUCAGCUAACAUGGAGGGAAAGAUAAAUGUGAGCAUAGAAGACGUGGUGCUUGUCAAGGAGUACCCUGACGUAUUUCCAACAGAAAUUUCAGGAUUACCAUCAGUAAGAGAGGUGGAGUUCUUCAUUGAUCUACACCCUGGAAUUGGACCUAUUUCGAUUGUGCCGUAUCGGAUGUCGCCAUUUGAAUUGAAUGAGCUCAGGGGCCAAAUUGAAGAUUUAUUGUAG